AUGAGCUUCAUCAAACUUCUCAUUGUCCCUCCAGAGAUCAACCCUAACAACCGGAAAGCACUUACCAUCCCGCUUCUAAACCCAGUUGAUAAGUAUGGACGGGUCUUCUUCUUCUCAUGGUUCGGGUUCAUGCUUGCAUUCCUUUCAUGGUAUGCUUUUCCACCUCUGUUGACGGUCACUAUCAAGGAGGACCUACAUAUGACGCAAGCCCAAGUCGCAAAUUCCAACAUUAUUGCCCUUCUCUCUACGCUACUGGUUCGAUUUAUCAGCGGUCCGCUUUGCGAUCGCUAUGGCCCUCGACUCGUCUUCAUCGGGUUACUCCUUGCUGGCUCUAUUCCCACCGCCAUGGCCGGCCUAGUUACUACCCCUCAAGGCCUCACUGCCCUCCGCUUCUUUAUCGGUAUUCUAGGGGGCACCUUUGUCCCUUGUCAGGUCUGGUGUACAGGGUUCUUCGACAAGAAGGUCGUGGGAGCAGCUAACUCUCUAGCUGCGGGACUGGGGAAUGCUGGCGGUGGUAUCACCUACUUCGUUAUGCCUGCUAUUUUCGACUCCCUCGUGCAUAACCAAGGUCUAACCCCACACAAGGCAUGGCGCGUUGCCUACAUCGUCCCAUUCAUCCUCAUUGUCGCCGUUGCCCUAGGAAUGCUGCUUACCUGCGAUGACACCCCCACGGGCAAGUGGUCAGAGCGUCAUAACUGGGCGAAGCAAGACAACCAGUCUGAAGCCAACAUCAUCGAUCUCAGUUCGGGCAACCAGUCCACCCGACCUUCGAGGCCGCCCUCGAUCACAGAUAUUAUGACAUCGGACGUGGAGGAGAAGAAAGACGGCGCCCAGACACCACUCGCUUUCGAUUCUGAGGGCACUCAAGUCAUGGAGCAGCUCGAAGCCCUCCAAACAGACACGGUGGUGGCGCCCUCACGCAAAGAAUCCCUCGGCGUGAUUUUCAGUCUGGCGAGUGUCGCCAUUGCCAUUCCGUAUGCUUGCUCUUUUGGCUCGGAGCUAGCUAUCAACUCCAUCUUGGGCGAGUACUAUCUAGAGAACUUCCCCUACAUGGGCCAGACUCAGUCGGGCAAAUGGGCUGCCAUGUUCGGGUUACUCAACAUCAUCUGUCGCCCUGCUGGUGGCUUCCUGGCCGAUAUUCUCUACCACUACACAAAAACUCCAUGGUCCAAGAAACUCCUCCUCUCCUUCCUCGGCGUGGGCAUGGGGGCCUUUGAGCUUGCGAUCGGCUUAUCAAACCCCAAGUCCGAAGCCACCAUGUUCGGACUUUUUGCUGGUCUUGCCUUCUUCCUCGAGGCUUGUAAUGGUGCUGUCUUCGCCCUUGUACCGCACGUCCAUCCUUUCGCCAACGGGAUUGUCUCUGGAAUGGUAGGUGGUUUUGGAAACUUGGGAGGCAUAAUCUUUGCCGUUGUCUUCCGAUACAACCACACCAACUAUGCCCGGGGCAUCUGGAUUCUCGGUGCGGUGUCCAUUGCAGUACAUGUACUAACAGCAUGGAUCCGACCUGUACCGAAGAACCAGAAACGGUAG